AUGACAGAAUUAGUGGGCCAACUACAGAUACCUCAGAUCGUUUUUGAGCAACUUGAAACACUAAAAAAAGAAUUUGAAGAUGGAGAAAUAACGCAAAAAGGUUAUGAAAAAAGAAAAAAAAAAAUAUUAGCAAAAUAUGAAGAAUAUGGAAGGCCAAAUGAAGAACAUGGGAAUGCAAGUAACGGAAUCUUUCAAGGAAACGAAAAUGCAAAUAAAAGCCAGAGUCUUAUUACUAAAGAUAACAAAAACGGUGUUAAUUUAAAACCAAAAGAUGAACAUCCAUAUAACCAUGUAUAUUCAAGUCCAUACCGUUACAGAAGUGGCUCUUUAUCAUAUGAUCAAAUCAGUUGUAUUUCGGAGGAGAAAUAUUCAUCAAUAUGGGCGGAACAAGCGGGAAAACAGCAACUGCCUUUUAAGCCUAGGGGUAUACCGUUUUCAGUUUAUGAUCAAUAUAAUCCGAGUAUCCUAAUGACUAGAUUCGAUGAUAUCGCAUCUGUUUUACGUUAUAGAAACAGGGAGUGGCCAAGGAAAAAAGUUUUGAUUGUCGCUAAUGAUAAAACAAAAGAAGUAACCAAAAUAACAUAUAGUAAACUUACAUCACAUGCAGAAAAAAUAGCACUUAUGAUUAGAAACAAACCUGAGCUGCUUCAAGGAGAUAGAAUAGCCCUUGUAUAUGAAACUUCUGAAAUUAUUGACUUUACGAUUUCUUUAUUUGGAUGUUUUAUUGCGGGAAUGGUUGCAGUUCCUAUCAAUAAUCACGAUAAUAUUGAAGAGUUAAAUGAAAUCCUAACGUUAACACAAUGUCGGAUUAUCUUAACUACUCAAGCAACCUUAAAAAAUUUCCAAAAGGAUCUAGUAAAUAAAGAAUUUCAAUGGCCCCCUAAUAUAGAAACAUGGACAACAGAUAACAUUGGAGGAUUCUACCCUAAAAAAGAUGAAGAUAUUCCUCCUUUAAGAACAGAUGAUUUAGCUUAUAUUGAAUAUUCACGCUCACCAGUUGGAGAACUCCGUGGAGUAGUUUUAUCUCAUCGUGCCAUUAUGAAUCAAAUGACAUGUUUAAACGCUAUUGUUUCAACUGUCCCUAAAAGUACAAAAAAAAAUCAUAAUUCAAAAAAAAAUUCCAAAAAACAUGUACCAAUCAGAAAUGACCAAGUUAUUAUCACAUAUUUGGAUCCAAGACAAACAAUAGGGCUAAUUUUUAGUAUUUUAUUUUCUAUUUAUAACGGAGAUACAACUGUCUGGUGUCCUCAGAGAGCUAUUCUUGUUCCUGGUCUCUGGGCAACUCUUAUCACUAAAUAUAAAGCUACUAUAAUUCUUGCAGAUUAUCCUGGACUAAAAACAGUAACAUUCAAUUAUCAGGAUGAUCCAAUGACAACUCGUAAAUUUGCAAGAAAAUAUCCUAUUGAUUUUUCUAGUAUCCGUCUUUGUUUAAUAGACUGUAUCUCUAUUGAUUCGGAAUUUCAUGAAAUAUUUUCAGAUAGAUGGUUAAAACCUCUCGGAAAUUCAGGAGGGCGUGAUAUUAUAUCACCUAUACUUUGUCUCCCAGAACAUGGGGGUAUGAUUAUUUCAGCAAGGGAUUGGCUUGGUAGACAAGAACAAAUGUUUGCGGAUUCUUCAAAUACUUUCAAUAUACCUGCAAAAAAUGAAUUAACUCAAAUAUUGCUAGAUAAAGAAGCUUUGAAAACUAAUAAAAUAUCAUUAAUUACGGAGGAAAGAGGUAUAAAAGAAGAUUCAGAAAAUUCAACUACAGCCCGAUUUGGAACAUUCUGGUAUCCAUUAGUAGAUGCUACAAUAGCAAUUGUAGAUCCUGAAUUGUUAACAUUCUGUGGUCCAAAUGUUGUUGGAGAAAUUUGGGUUGAUAGCCCUAGUUUAAGUGGAGGGUUUUGGGAUUUACAAGAAGAUACAGAUGCUAUAUUUCAUGCUAAAGCUUAUGUAAUUGACACAGAAACUUUAAAGCCAGUAGCGUAUGAUCAAGAGUUCUUAAGAACUGGGUUACUUGGUGCUAUAAUUGAUGGUCGUAUAUUAGUGCUUGGAUUAUAUGAAGACAGACUUCGUCAACGAAUUGAACAGACAGGGAAUGGACAAGACUCAGUGGAAUAUGGAUAUCAUUAUGUUUCUCAUUUAGUUCAAACUAUUAUGAGAAAAGUUCCCCAUGUAUUUGACUGCUCAUUAUUUGAUAUUUCUAUUAACAAUGAGUAUCUUCCUAUUGUUGUUCUCGAAUUACCACCAUCACUUAUUCCUAUGGAUUCAUUAGGACAGCUAUCUACUUCAAAUAAUCUUUUAUUAGAUUCUAUUUCGGAAAAAUGCAAAGAGUCACUUGUAGAAGUACACAAUAUCAAUGUGUAUUGCGUAAUGAUAGCUUCUUCGAAUAGGUUACCAAGACUAAUUAAAAAUGGACAUAAAGAAAUCAGCAACAUGCUUUGCAGGAAACAGUUUGAACAGGGCACAUUACCAUGUAAUUAUAUUAAAUUUUCAGUUAAAAAAGUAAUACUUAAUUUACCUGUUGGUGAAGAUCCUAUUGGAGGUAUCUGGUCAGAAAUAGCGACACAAAAACGUCAAGAGUUAUUAUUUUCAGAAAAAAAACAGUAUAGUGUCAAAGAUGAGCGAACAUUGUCAAUAGAUGAUAAAACUUUAGUGAAUUUGCUUGAUUUUAGAAGUAUAGUUGACAUUUUACAAUGGAGAGCAGCAUGUCAAAGCAAUGAAAUAGCUCUUUGUAUAGUUAAUAAUAAACUCAAAGAUGAAAAAACAGUUACAUGGGAAGAUUUAGAUUUUAAAAUAGCGGAUAUUGCAAAUUAUCUUAGAUUUAAAGUUAAACUUCAAUCAGGAGAUCAUUCUAUUUUGAUGUGUACACAACCUGAAAAUUUUUUAUAUACAGUACAUGCAUGUUUCUGUCUAGGAGUUGUUGCAAUUCCAAUACCUCUAUUCGAUACAUCUCGACUUUCAGAAGAUAUUCCUUCUAUUCUAGGUGUAGUUUCAGAUUUUAGAAUCAAAGCUAUUCUUGUUGAUAAUGAAGCAUAUUCAUUACUUAAAAGCAAACAUGUUUCUUAUAACAUCAAACAUUAUUCAUCUACAAUGAAAGUAGUUCUUCCUAAUAUAGUAAAUAUAACAAAGUCGCCCAAACAAACACAAGGAUGCGUAGAUUCAGGGUUUUUGUUAGAUCAUGAUUCUGUAGCACCGAAAAUUCCCGCUUUAGUAUGGUUAUAUUGGUCUUCAGAUCAACGAUAUACAGCAGUAGAAUUAGGACAUGAUACUAUUAUGUCUUGCUGCAAAAUUCAAAAAGAAACAUGCCAGAUGUCUAGUUCUUAUCCCGUUCUAGGAUCUGUACAUGGUGCAACAGGAAUAGGGUUUAUUCAUUCAUACGUCUUGGGAAUCUUUAUUGGAGCAGUUACAUAUCUAGUGUCGCCAAAAGAUUUCACUAAUAAUCCUAUGGUUUUGUUUCGCUCUAUUUCCAAAUUUAAGAUAAGAGAUACAUAUAUACCCCCUGAGGCUUUAGAAUAUGCAUUAUCAGUUACCCAAGAAAAAGGUAUAUGUUUGCAUGAAUUAAAGAAUUUAAUGAUACCUUUCAAUAACCGACCCCAAUUUGAUUAUUCUCAAAGAUUAAAAAACAAUAUUUCAAAAUCAAUACUGGAUCCUAACUCUUUAAAUAAUGUAUAUUCCAGUGCUUUAAACCCCAUGAUAACAACAAGAUCAUACAUGUCUAUAGAGCCUGUACAUUUAUAUUUAAAUAUUAAAAGCUUACGACGGGGAAUUGUUGAAACUGUUGAUAUGACUCAAGACCCUUUAUCACUUCUUUUGUAUGAUUCUGGGAUGAUUCCUGUAUCUACCCAUAUCGCUAUUGUUAAUCCGGAAACAUGCGAAUUGUGUUGUGUUGGGGAAUAUGGAGAAAUUUGGGUCUCAUCGGAAGCGAAUGUUAAAUCAUUUUAUGGAUCAAAAGAUAAAACAGAUAUAGAAAGAUUCCAAGGAGUUCUAGCAAAAGGCAAUCCAAACGAUGUUUAUGUUCGUACAGGCGACUUAGGAUUUUUAUACAACAUACAAAGACCAUUAGGGCCAGGAGGACUACUUAUUGAAGUGCAGUCAUUGUUCGUUUUAGGAAGUAUUGGGAAUACAUUUGAAAUUGAUGGGUUACUUUAUUUCCCAGUAGACAUUGAGUCAUCUGUUGAAAGAUGUCACAAAAAUAUUACACCAGGUGGAAGUGCUAUAUUUCAAGCAGGUGGCUCAGUUAUCAUACUUAUUGAAGUCGAUCAUAAAGCACAUACACCAUCUAUAGUUCCUGUAGUUGUAAAUACAAUUUUAAGCGAACAUCAAAUUAUAGUAGACAUUAUUGUAUUUACUGCUAAAGGCGAUUUCCCCAGAUCUAAAACAGGAGAAAAGCAGCGCGGAAAAAUUUUAUCAUCAUGGUUAACGAAAAAAACAAAAAUACUAGAUAAAUUUAUUAUUCGUGAACAAGAAGUUAACGUAUCAAGAGCUCAUGACAGUUAA